AUAUCGACUCACCAUGCAACUCUCCUAUUUGAAUUUGAAAUCUGUACUGAAAUAUUUGGAGCCAAAUUUGAGAAUUCAAUUAUCCAUGCGAUGCCCCUCUAUCCAAUUUUGUGAGAAAACCUCCCCAUUACAUAUCCAAGAGCUUUGUUGGACCAAGACAAGUCUGAAAAUUAAUGAGACUUACUACAAGACAACUAAAGCUAUUUGGAAGGCGAAAGAAUCAAGUCAAGAAUAUGUUCUCCUAGGUCUAGAAAUUGGUGGUAGUACUGAACGAGCAGUUUUUAAUACGACGUUCGGGGAAGUUAUGAAUUAUAUCCUGAAACAGAUGCUGGGAGGCCGGCAGGUUAUCGCAACACAUACUUGCAUUGGAAUGGAUACUGAUGCUUUUCAAAAUGGGAGGAAUCUUGUCACCGAUACUUUGGAGAUUUACACAGGAGAUUUACGCAAAACUCUUGACACUCUCUCCUCAAUAUUUCACCCGUCAAGUUUCCCAUUGAAAUCUUUGAGAAUACUUGACAAUGCAGACUUCAAGCACCCUAUAAUCCAAGGUUCCCUGCUCCUGGUUGUUCCGAAUACUGAGAACAUGCAUCUGAUAUCUAAUAAAAGAGUACACGCGCGAUAUUUUUACUACAAAGAUGACGUCGACUUUAUUAUUAAUAAAUGGCUGGAUGAUGGAAAAGAAGCUGGAACCCAUUUUUCUAUUGGAAUGUUUUUGACUGAAGACCAUGUAAAAGAGAAGUAUGAAGAGUUUUUGAGCACGUUUGAAGAGAGAGUUUCGUGGAGAACAAAUUAUCCGCCAUGCUUUGCAAUCAAUAUCGACAACUUCUCUGAGAUUGUCAUCGGCUACGAGGAAUUCCAACAGAUUUCCACACCGGAAUGGAGAUUGAACUUCAAAGUACAGAAGAGAGAAGAAUUUGUAUAACUCUAUUUUCUUCAAUAAAAUAAUUUUUCGUUU